AUGAAUCAAAUAUUCAAACUUGUUUCUUUUCAACCAGCAGCCAAAACUGCAAGCAAAAUAAUUUCAAUCAAUGCUAACAACACCACCUAUAACACCAAAUGUAGUAAUAAAUCAGUAUUCUAUUUAAAGAACCAAUCAACAUUAAAUAGAUUUGGAACCAAUAAUUUAGAUCACUCUAUUAUUAGAUCAUUUUGCUCAACAAACAAUACUCAAAAACAAGAAGAUUAUGAUUUCGAAGAUGAAAGCGAAUUUACAGAAAGUGAACAAAGUGUAAUUGAAGAUUAUAAUGAUGAAAACGGUAACAGACCAAAGAACAUGGGUUAUGUUGAAUCACACUUUUUAGAUAAGAAUAUUCUCAAUGAUGCUACAACCCCAAAAUAUAGAUUUGACCCAGAUUUCGAAAAUGGCAAAUAUGACUUUGAUGAAAUCAAUAGAGAUCAAGGAGAUCAAGGACAAUCAAGUAAUAUCGAAACCAAACCAAUCGAAAUUAAUGAUAAACAAUUACCAUACGAUCACUCUGCUAAAAUGGCUGAAAAAGCUUUAAGAACUCAUUUAAAUCGUUUCUUCCUCAAGGUACAUCCAGAUUUAUUCUUUAACAAUGAAGAACAUAGACAAAUAAAUCAAAGAUCUCUCACUCAACUUAACAAUCUUUUACGUAACCUCGAAGAAUAUGUAUCUGUAGCUGAAGAUUCAUCCAACACCACCAAACUUGAUAAAAUCCCACAACAAAUUCAAUUUAGAUUCUUUGCUGAAGUUGAUGAAAAUGGUCGUAUUGUUGAAGUUAAACAAGAAUUUACCUUUGUUGAUGCCCCAGAUUCAAUUUUAACCUCAAAAUCUGCAUUAGUACAAUAUACCACUGAAUUAAGAUUUAACGUUUAUAGACAAUUAUAUUCAUUAUUAGAAAAAUCAGGUAUCUCCAUACCAAGAAAUGAAAAAGAACUUUUAAAAAAUCCAAAACCAACUACAGCCGAAAUUAAUGAUGACCCAUGGGAACAAUAUUUUUCAAAAGAUCCAAGCAAAUUAUCUUUAAGUGAUCAACUCAAUGCAUUCUUAGAUCAAUUCCCAGUUCACAACGAUACAUUAAGAAAUCAAUUUGCACCACAACAUCAAAAAUUAAUCGAUUUAUUCGAUGAAAAGAAAGUUUAUUUCUACUUUGGCGAACAAUGCAAGGGUGAUUUAGAUUAUAUGCGUCACUUAGGCUUUAGAGAACAAGCUGAAUUCCAAAUCGUUCACUUAAAACACAACCUUUUGGCUUUAGAAUUUGCAGAUUGGUCAUCUUUACCAAUUAUCGUUGUUGAUUCAAAAUACUAUAACUUAAUGGAACCAGGUCUUACUAAGAGAGGUUUUGUCGUUCUUGAAAAAGAUUUCGAUCCAACUGUUGCCUUCACUUAUAUUAAAGAAGUCGUUAUUCCAAAGACUAUUAAUAACUUCAAUUCAAUUGCUGGUAAAGCUCUUCACAAUCGUGAAGUCCUCGAAGAAAAAACUCAAAAAUUAGAACAACUCUUUGGUUCAAACGUUGUCAUUGAAAACCUUUUCUCAAUUAAUCAAAAGACUAUGGAUAAAGUCCGUGAAGAUUUCAAUAGUGCCAUGACCUUAGUUGGUGAAUUAAAGAUCCCAGCUAUUCAAUUAUUAGAAUCCAAUAAAGCCGAAACCUGGAAAGACCUCCCAAAGACCAACUUAAAAGAAUUUGAAUUCGAACAAUGGAAGUUAAAGAAUGUUGAAUCUUCAGAAAAAGAUGCCAUCGCAUUCAUUGCUGGCCGUGAAAAAGAUUUUGUUCAAACUGGUCGUGUUUCUAAAUUCGAAUCUGAAUAUCAAGAAUCUGAACGUAUUCAAAACACCUUCGAAAAAAUUAAAAAUAUUCAACAACAACAACAAGGCAAUUCAGAUACUCGUUCAGUCCCACUUCAAUUAGUCGAUAAAUCACAAUUUGAUGUUAUUCAAUCAACACCAUUCCUCAAUAACUCAUGCUCUGCUGUCGAUCGUUUAACUCGUCUCUUUGAAGUUCCAACCAAAGUUCCAUUUUUAAUGGCCGAUAGACCACUUAAACAUCCUUUAGCUGAACUCAAAGAAGAUAUUAAGGGUCUUGAAGAUCAAGAUUUCGAAGAUGGUGUUUUCAAGGCUCAAGACGAAGAAGAAGCUGCCAUCAUCGAACCAGAUGAUGAAAACGAAGAUUUCGAUACUGAAAAAUAUAGAGCUGCCUACGAACAAAAUAAACAAUUCCAAGAAGAUAAUGAAACCUAUGAUGACGAAGCAUAUACAGGUGAAGAAAUUGACGAAGAAGGUGAAGUCGAUGAAGAAGAAACUACACCAGAAAAUCUUUCUAAAUUAUCAAGUAUGUUCUCUAAACCAAAUAUUAUUUCUGUUGAAUCUAAAAGUGCUCCAUCACCAGUCUUCAUUUCAAAGAUUAAUUUCAUGACUACUGGAAACAACUUUAACAAUAUGCAACCAAUUCCAAUUAGCAAACCAACCAUCUCAAAACCAAAAGAUGAAAUCGAUGAACAAUUAGAAAAUGAUAAAGUUGAAUCAUCACCAAAGACUGAAGAUGAAAUUCCAAAUGUUAAUAAUAUUAUUAAAGAAACUAAACAAUUUGAUGGUAUUUCAUCAGAUUUAGAAGAUUUCUUCUCUAAACUUUCACAAUUAGAAAAAGAUGUUACAACUCCAGAAAAAGAAACACCAAAACCAAUUGAAGAAGACAAAUCUGAAGAUUCUACCAUCACUACCGAAGCUGUAGAAUCCACCCCAGAGGAAAUACCAUUAAUCGAAAAAAUUACUUAUAUUGAACAAAAAUUAUCAGACUUUAAAUGGGACGGUAUUAAUUUAAUUAUUUCAGAUCACUAUAGAUUUAUUAUCACUGAAGACAAUAAAUCUGGUUUUUGUUUCAUUCCAUCCAACUUUAAAGAAGAGGAGCUCUUUGUUUUCAUCAACUCUAUUCAAGAUAGUUUCGAUAUCAUCAAUGGUGGCACCAAAGAAAAAACUGAAGAAGAGUACCGUCUCAAAGCUUUAUUAGCCAUUGAAAAUAAUGUCAACGAAUUAAAACAAAGAUAUCGUCUCAAAUCAGUUGUUAUUAAUAAUAAUAGUGUUCCAAGUAAAGCUGCUCAAUAUUUAUUCGUUAAAAAAUUCAUUAGUCAAAUGGAAUCAUCAGUCGAAUCCUCACAACUUGCUACCUUCAAAUCUAUUGCUCCAUAUAUCACCUUGGUUGUUUCAAAUGAAUACUCUAUCGAUUUUACAAAUGAUCUUGGCUCCAUUGUCGACGAAAAGGAUUAUUCCAGUAGUAGAUCCGCCAUUGUCAGUGUUGAUAACCUUAGUCUUAAUGCCAAUGUCCUUUUAGAAUAUAUCUUUGUCACAUUAUCCGAAAACUCUAAAUUCUUUAGAGAUUUAAUUACUAGAAGCUAUAAUGUACCAACUGCUCCAGAAAAACCAAGUCAAGAAAAAGUUAUAGAAGUUAUCAACAAGGAAUUAUACGGAUUCGAUAGAAUUAAAGAUCCAAAUGCCCCACUCGAAAAACUCAGUAUUAAAGACUUGAAAUUCAUUCCAAAAGAAGAAUCAGCCUUUGAUGAACUUAUAAAUCCAGAAGAAUACUUCUUAAUGAGAGAUACUUUAGCAGAAGAAUAUGGCGAAGAAGCUGUCGACGAACUUUUAGGUGAACUUGCAGAUGAUGCUCUCUGUGAGGUACGUGAUAUCAAAGAAGAUGAUGAUAACGAAUUAGAAAACGAAUACGAAAAUGAAAAUGAAAAUAAUGAAAAUGACAUUCAAGCAAAACUAGACAUUUUAAAUGCAACCGAUUUUUUAAACAAAAUAAAUAAAGAUGAAACCUCAAAAUAA